AUGAACAGCGAUCUUUUCGGCAAGAAGCAAACUUCAACGGCGAACGAUCCCAAGGCGUCCGAUACCGAUGGGUUGCGAGUCAUGCGUCACUGGGCCCAAAAGACAAAGGUGACGAGAGCGUGGAGAAGACAUGUUAUCGACAUGAAACCCGGCAUCGAGGAUGUUCCCGGAUGCGCGAGUGGAACGGAUAGGGCGUUCAUGCGGCAGACGUGGGGAUGCAUGGGCACUUCAUAA